UCGGCCGGGCGCGCCUCCUCCGCGGCGCCUGGAGGAGCGGCGGGGCCGGGAGGCAGCCGGAGGCCGAGCCCGAGCCCGAGCCCGAGCGCCGGGAGCGAGCCCCAAUGGCCGCCGCCUCGGCUGCGGUGGACGAGCUGUCCCGGAACUUCACGUACUGGGCGCUGGGCGCCGGCAACGGCUCCCUGUCGGGCGCGUGGUACCGCAGGAACCAGAUUCACCUUUUGGGAGUUUUGCUAGCCAUUUUAGGAAAUUUGGUAAUGAGUAUUUCCCUAAAUAUUCAGAAAUAUUCUCAUGUCCAGCUGGCACACCAGGAACACCCAAGGCCCUACUUCAAGAGCAUGUUGUGGUGGGCUGGGGCCGCUCUCAUGGCUGUGGGGGAGACGGGCAACUUUGCAGCCUACGGAUUUGCUCCCAUUACUCUCGUUGCGCCAUUAGGCUGUAUAUCUGUUACAGGUAGUGCCAUUAUUUCUGUUAUGUUUCUGAAAGAAAACUUAAGAGCUUCAGAUUUACUAGGUAUGACAUUGGCAUUUGCGGGAACAUACUUAUUGGUGAACUUUGCCCCAAAUAGAAGUCAAUCUAUCUCUGCAAGAACAGUACAGUAUUACUUUGUUGGCUGGCAGUUCCUGAUCUAUGUGAUUUUAGAAAUAUUAAUUUUCUGCACUCUGCUAUAUUUCCAUAAGAGAAAGGAAAUGAAGCACAUGGUGAUACUGUUAACCCUGGUGGCACUUCUCGCCUCGCUGACGGUUAUCUCAGUAAAAGCAGUCUCAGGCAUGAUCACUUUUUCUGUGACGGAUAAAAUGCAACUAACUUAUCCCAUCUUCUAUAUCAUGUUUAUCAUCAUGAUCGCAUCUUGUAUUUUCCAAGUCAAGUUCCUGAAUCAAGCCACGAAACUCUACGGUACAACGACGGUGGUGCCGGUCAACCAUAUUUUCUUUACGACCAGUGCCAUUAUUGCAGGUAUCAUAUUUUAUCAGGAGUUCCUUGGCGCAGCUUUUCUAACUGUAUUUAUAUAUAUUUUUGGGUGUUUUCUGUCAUUCCUUGGUGUGCUUUUGGUCACAAGAAACCGAGAAAAGGAACAUCUGCCACAAUCUUACAUUGAUUUUGGAAAUAUUCCUGGGAAACAAAUGUUGGACAAAAUACAACCAGAUUCAAAUGGCUUAUCCUAUGGAACUUUGCCUGAUGGAAGUGACUCAACAAAGAGCCAAAGUGGAGAGAAGAAAGAGGUCUAAGCCGCAGAGAGGGAAUGGCUGCUGGCCUGUUAUUCGAUACCACCUUUAAAAAACCUCCCUUUGUGUCCGCAGCUAGUUUGUUCUGACGCGCGCACGAGCAUUACACUGGCCUUUAACAGCCAGGGGCCUUCCUAAGCUUUGACAGUCUCUUGUCUUCACAAAAUGUAAUUUGAAGUGUUCCCCACACCCUGGAGGUCCCCCUCGUGAACAUCGAACUGGCUAGAACUUAAUGAGAGCCUGGCUCCCCAAGCAGAAGUGUCACACAAAAAUGUGCAUUCACGAUUUGGCCACAGAACACACAGGCUGCCCUUCCCACAUAACUUCGAGCCUCAGCUGCUUUGCUUCAAAGAGACAUGUUCAUCCCCCAACCUCACUCCUGUACCAAAGGUUCGAGAGCAUUCAUUUCUCCUAUGACGUCUUUUAUGAGCCUCCCCUGUAAGGAUCUCACCUUUCCAGUCCUGAGUUAGAAUGGUGAAUCAUCCUUUUUUUCUGAAAAUGAGCCCUAUUUUAACUGUCCUUUGGAAAAUUAAGGGUAUCUUUAAAAUGAGAGUCUGUAAGUGGCAUUCUGUGAUGGUGUAUACCUUGGCUGGUGAACUUUUUCAGAUGAAGAAAGGAGCAAUUUAAGAAUUAAGACCAAUUUUUCAAAAAAUAUAGAAUGAUGGACAUUUUCUUCAGCUAUGUGAUCCAAUUAUACUUGAGUUGAACCUGAAAACUUCAUACCCCAUAUUCGUAUCAUUCUUAGGACUCACCUAGUUGGUUUGUUGUAUGUUUCAACUCUUGACGCAAGUCUCAAAAAUCGUAUUUAAAUUCUUAGUAUUAUUUAGUGUUAUUUUCACUAGCAUACCACUUCCUCCCCCAAGUUAUUAUAUCAAGCUUUAUAAAUUCUUCUAGGCAAGAGUGCAGCUAUGAGUAGAGAAUUGGAUUUUAGCCAUUUAAGUCUGUAGACGUAGCCAGGUGACCCAACCUGAGUCUAGAGGAAGGCCAUGUGCUCCCAGACCUGAAUGGCUUUUCUGCUGUGACUAGUCACAUAUCUACUAAGAUUGAUUUGCAGAUAGAGUCCAUAAUCACAUGUGUUAUUAAUGAUCUACUAAUAUAUUUAAAUGACAAGAAGAGAGAUAGCCUUCCUUGUAAGCAACAUCAAGUAAGAAGCCCUAUCCUAAUGAUAUUCCAAAAGCUUCCGGUCACUUCUGACAUGCCAGUGCAAGGUUGUUCCAGUCAGUUGUCUUGCAUUUGUAAAGGUGGUAUAACUCAGAGCUAUUGAGACUGCAAUCUUAACUGCUUUGGGUCUUUUAGCUUUGUUCUUUGUUGUAACCUAUACUCCUGGCCAAACCUGGCCACAAAGGCAAGAUUCGAAUCCAUCACCAGUAUAUGAAUAAUAACUUAGAGCCUGUGUCUGGCUUUUGAACUCCCAGUAAGAAUUCCUGCUAUCGUGGAAAGUAUCCCCUAAUUCAAAUAAAGCCGUCAUAUAAUUUA